AUGGCCCAAACAGCCAUGAGCAGGCUCUUCCUCCAGAGCUCGGUGCGCCAAUCUAUCCUGAGACCCGCGCAGGUCCGCAACUAUGGUUCGAACGCAGUCAUCCCGAGUUUCACCUCAACACCCUCAACCGAACUCAAUGCCGCUCUCCAACGAUUCCGCGAGGAGGUUUUCAUUCCCUACGGACUUCCCGUGCGCCAGCAGAAGAGCGUGUUCAAGCCGAAAUACGCUAAGCAGUUGGAGCAUGAGCCCGUUGUCGUGAAGAUCAGCGAGACCGAAGAAUACACCCUGACCCCUAAGAAGCGCCACGAACUCCCCUCAAAGAAGGAGGCCAUGGAGGUUCUCCACAUGAUGGUCUCUACCGGAGAGUUCGGCAACCUCCCGGCCUUCCUGGCUGGACUUAAGAUGUCUGGAUACGCCGUCAGCUCCAACCGAUGGGAGUACAUCAUCCGCAAGGCCAGCUAUGCGGGUAAGCUUUCCAUCAUCGCCGAAGUCGCCCGACGCGGUCCCGCCACUGGCCUUUCCCUUGCCGACAAGAACAUCGCUCGCGUUCUUUUCUUCGAGCUUCACCAGACUGCCUCGCGCGCAAGCUUCGAGGGCGAGCAGACCGCCCAGGCUCUCAAGCUGGCCGAGGACUUCGCUUUCAUGAUGAACCAGGAGUUCCACUCCACCAAGGAUGUCACUACCGACCCCAAGUGCCAGCCUUUCGUCAUUGGAACUCUUUUGGAACUUGCUUGUGCCAAGAGCAUGGAUAAGAAUGCGCCAAGCGAGAAGGAGCUCGCCCCCUCCGCCAAAAUCGGUUUCCGUAUUCGUGACUAUGCCAAGAAGCUGGAUGCCAGCUGGUCCCUUCUCAACCAGGAUGUCGAGGCAAGCACUCUCCCCGAGCUGGUUGUCAGUAUCCAGGAGAACCUUGCCGUCUACAAUGGUUUGCUCCUGGCCCCACAGACCCGCAAGGCCGCCGAGGAGUCCAAGACCUUCGAGUCCCGUGCCCUCAAGCUCCAAAAGACCCUGAUUCCUCAAUUGCAGCGAGUCAAGAACAGCCAGCUUACUAGUGACCUCGUGUCUCAGCAACUUCUGAGGAAGGCACCUCAGGCCAAGGCUGAGGCUAAGGUUGAAGCUUAA